GAAAGAGCUACCAGUUAAGAUGGCGGGUACCGCAAAUAAGCGAAUUUUAUACGUCGGCGGCUUAGCCGAUGAAGUUACAGAAAAGCUUUUACAUGCUGCUUUUAUUCCCUUCGGAGAUAUUGUGUCCAUUCAAAUGCCAAUUGAUUAUGAAACUGAAAAACAUCGAGGUUUCGCUUUUGUCGAAUAUGAAUUGCUGGACGAUUCAAAAUCAGCGAUAGAUAACAUGGAUCAAUCGGAGCUUUGUGGAAAGACAAUAAAAGUAAACAUCGCCAGACCUAUGAAAAUCAAGGAAGGAUAUACUCGUCCAGUAUGGUCUGAAGAUUCAUGGCUACAAGAACACGCUGGAUCAUCUUUAACUCAAGAAGACAAUGAUGAAAAAUUAGCGAAUAAAAGGCCUAGUGAAGAAAUAGAAAAAGAAGAAAGUGUAGCAAAGAAAAAGAAAAAAGUAAAUCCUCAGGUGUUCUUUGACAUAAAAAUAGGAAGUAGACAUGCUGGAAGAAUAGUUAUAUCUUUACGUGAUGAUAUUGUUCCAAUGACAGCAGAGAACUUCAGAUGUUUAUGUACUCACGAGAAAGGUUUUGGUUUUAAAGGUAGCAGUUUUCACAGGAUUAUUCCUGGCUUUAUGUGUCAAGGAGGUGAUAUAACAAAUAAUAAUGGGACGGGUGGAAAGUCUAUAUACGGCAAAAAAUUCGACGAUGAGAACUUUGUAUUGAAGCAUAUUGGCGCAGGAACCGUUUCCAUGGCAAACUCUGGACCUAAUACAAAUAGUUCACAAUUUUUUCUGACCACUGAAAAAACUGAUUGGUUAGACGGAAAGCAUGUUGUUUUUGGUAAAGUUAUACAAGGUUUAAGCGUAGUUAAGAAAAUGGAGGUGAGUUAUUUAUAA